ACUUUUAGAUUUUCACACAGUUGUUUUGGUUGCAGUUUAGUAGUUUGGUGGAACUCCUGUCUAGAUAUUCUUCCUUACAUAUUAAUUAUUGUACCUGGCAACACUUCACCUUGAGGUGUAACCAGGAGCAAGACUUCAAUUCUUGACAGUGGUAUGCAAAUAGUUUUUGCUUUGUUACAUUUUUGUACCAUAGUGUAAUGAAGGCGGUCUCAUGUUUCACUUUGCUAAUGUUGGUGUGAUGCUAGACAUUGAGAAGCUGUAAAAACAGUGAAACAACACUGUAGUUGUACUAGACAGAUACAGUAUUGUGUAAAACUUUUCAAGCCCCUUCAACUUUCCAUAUCUUGUCCUGAUGCUACUAAAUAUGUUGAUGUUUUUACUGUAAUCUUUGUCUUUAGAAGGAACCUAAGUGGUAAUCACAGUGUCAGUUAGUCUCAGUAUAAAUAAACCUGCUCUUUGAAAGCAUCAGAGGUUUUUUUCGGUGAACAAACACCAUGAAGACCAAUCAAUACAACUGUGAAUAAAUAUGCAGGGUUAGUUUAUUUAACAAUAUUUAAAUCUCAUUUUACAAAACUAUGUUCAAAUCAAAAAUGAAAAGUGGCACAACUGUGAAUUUAGGCCAGAGUAAGAUUGCAUUUAUCAAACAUAGAACCAAGAAAACAACUCCUGUAGUUUUUAUGAUAUUAUUGCAAAUCACAGAUAGUUUGUUUCCUUUUACAAUCCUGUGCUACUGAGUUGAUCUUUCAUAUAAAGAAACUAAAUAAAACACCCUGAAAUAUGAGGUUGUGAUGUGAAAUUUUUUUUGGACAAAAGCAGUGUGAUUAUUAUUUUUGUGAUAAUUAUUUUUGCAAGGUACAGGACACAACUGAUAAAAAAAAGCAGGCUUGAUUGUUUGCCAAAUUCUUCAGGAAUGUUACACAUUGUGAAAAAUGUGCAGUUAAAAUAAUGUGUUGUUUUUGGUAUUGUCACACUUACUUGGAGCUUUCAGAGCACCUCUGAAAACUUGUGCCGUUACAGCUCUUUAUGUUGUUAACAAGACAGAUGCUGCUGCGUCGGUAAAGGAUUGUGGUCUCCCUGGGGGAUGUGUUUCGUUCUUCCAAACAACAAAAACGAUUGCAUGUCAAGUCUGUUGUCACUACAUCCGUGUGGAAUGCAGCAGCACAGCUGCUUCAUUUACAGAACCAGCAAGAAGUGUUCCAGAUUCAGCGUAUCCAUGCAGCAGUUACUCAGAAAGUCUCAGAAAAACAAUGUAAAAGCCUUUGACUUGACAAUGACUUCUAUUUUACAAAUGGUUUCAGAAUAUAUAAUGAAGGUUAUAAGCUGAGAAGCUUUAUUUAAAGAUUGUUUAUAUCUAUUGUUUUAACUUUACCUCCUAGCACAUUGAAUCAAACUAAAUUUAUAGGAAUUUGCAACCAAAAUUACAAUAAAAUUACUAUAAUGCAACUACACACCCAUAAAACUUUUUAACUUCACCUUGAUGCAUUUGAAAUACUUUUUAGCAUUUUAUUGUGUCGACUUUGCACAUUUACAAGCAAUGUUUUCUUUUUAUGUCAGUCUCAAUGUAAUUUUACAGACAGUAUAGUAACCUAACCUUCACUUUAAUUAACUUACUUGUUAACAUUGAAUGUAAUCACAUUGUAAUUUAAUCUCAGUAUGCUAUAUUUGUCUUAUGGGAGUGGGGGGUUAGUUAAGAAUGAGCUAACAUUGUUAAUAUUGAUGUUUCUAUUUUACCAUAAUCUUUGACUCUAUUUUUACCGUUUUCUUUGCUCUUUUUCCAAUCCUGUUUCCAGUAGCCUUUCUGCCUUCUGCACUCCAACGGUACUCAAGUACCAGAAACACUCCUAAAAACUCCCCUGUAGUCUAUUUUUGCAUUUUUGUAUCAUGAAGUACCUCAAACUAAUCUUUUCUGAACCUUUUGUAUUCUAAGACUCAAUGUUAUGCGUCAGAUACAUCUGUAGAGAGGGAUUCUUACCCCCAUUUUUUUAUUUCCUGGACAAUCACAAAUUGAGAGUAAAUAAUCCAUUUCCAUUUUUAUCCCUAAAAAACUACAAAUCAAUUCAACCACCCAACGGACUGAGAUUUAUAGCUGGGACUGCGCUCUGUUUUAAACAAGAUGUGGUCAACUUUUUUUCUGACUGACGAGGAGGGCCGCACCGUGGCCCCGGGAACAGCAGCAGCAGGUGGAAUGGCUGCACCAGGAGGACCAGCACAAGGCGCAGGGGGCCUGGCCAGUUUGAUGGGUGGACGCAGCACCUUUGGUGGGAACAAGAGACGCAGGACAACAUCAGCUGGACAUGCCAUGAGUGAAGCCCAGGAGGGAAAGAUCAAGCUGGCAUUUUUUGUGGCCAUAGUUGGUGUCGUCCUGACAGUCCUGGGAGUCGGGACAGAGUUCUGGGUGGAACUGGCGCCCCCAAAGAAUUUUUAUAACAAUCAGACAUGCCUGACAGCUCACUAUGGUCUGUGGAAGGGGUGCACUAAGACUCUGUGGGUGUCUGAUAUCGACCCAGAACGUGAGAGCUGUGGACCUGCGGAGCUGCCUGGAGAAUCCAACUGCACCUACUUCAAAUUUUUCACCACGGGGGAAAAUACUGUCAUGUUUCAGAAGACAACACACAAAAAUUUGAAUGUGGCUGCAGCAAUGUUGGCCCUUUUCAGCCUUUUCCUGAUGGUGAUGGGAGCCAUCUGCAUCACCAUGGCUCUCAGUAAGGAGAUUCUCUUCUUUCUGAAGCCAGCAUCCAUAUGUUUUAUCCUGUCAGGAGUUAUGGUGCUCAUAGCUCUGUUGGUUUUCCACCAGUCUGUCCUAUCUUUCUUGGCCAGUGACCACACGGUUCCUCUCCACCAUGAGCUCUCCUGGUCCGUGUCGUGUAUCGGCUGUGCAGGCGCUGUUCUCAUUGUGGGUGGAAUCCUCUUCCUGCUGCUGGCGCUGCCCUGUAGCCCGUGGCAGAGGUGUCUCCCUCAUAAGGAAGGCAGCAGCUAGUGGCUUUUAGGUGAAGAUUUCUGCACUUUACCUGCUGAAAGGAAGGAGGAGUGGAAAGGUGAGGAUGUUUCCCUCACACAUCCAAGCAAAAAGAUCACUUUCUCUGUUUACCACAGAAUUGAAACAGUAGAAACUUUUUAGAUAUUUAGUAUUUAGGAAAAAAUAGCAAGGACUAUUUUCAUUUUAAAAGAUGAAUUUGAGUUAAGGUCACAAAUAUCUAGGGGAUGCAUCAAACACCUCCUGGCUGAUACUGAUAUUCAAUCUUUUGAGGUCUGACCUGCUGAUUCAAACACUCUUAGUAAUACAAACUAAUUUGUGUAAACUCUGUUUCAUCAGUUAACUUUCUAGUGAGACUUUUAGGUCAAUCAAAUUCAUUUUAAAUAUUUGUUUACAAACUAUCAUGUUAAUAUUUUGUUGCUUAAUAUAUGUUUAAUACCUUUACCUUUACAAACUCUCCUAAAAGACAAAUUCGAAAUUCUGUGUACAUUAUGUCUUCUAAAUACAGAGCAGAGUAUUGCUAAGUCUGACGAAUGCAAACAAAGUACAACUAUUUGCUUGCAUUUUGUUUUUAUUAUCUAUGGCUGCAGCAAAACCCUUAAUAGGUUGCCACAUAAGUUGGUAGCAAAAAACAUUGGAAAAUAAUUUGUGAUGAGAAUCAGAAUAGACUGGAAUGACAUGCAAAACUGCCGCAUCAUUACGACAGCUGUCAACAAUGACACAAUGGCUCCAGUCAAACAAGUUAGCCCCGCCAUGCCUGCGCAUGAAACAUGAUCUCAGGGAUAUUACAACAACAAACAAACAAACAUUUAAAGGGCAGCUAACAAUUAAUUUCUGCACAGAUCACUAAAUUAGGCCCUACACACUGUUUACUGUGUGGAGUACUUACUGUAUUGCUUCUGUAUUAACAUGCUGCAUAGCUAGUUGAGGUAAUAGCAACACAAUGUGGCAUAUAUGAGUAGCAAACAUGUUAAGAAAACAAUCAAAUAACAAACUUUAAGUAAAAAUAUACAUGGUCUUGCACCAGGUUGAGUUCUCAAGAUGACUGUUUAAUUGUAAAGUUACUGGAAAAGAAAUAUACAUCUUGCCAGUUGUUUGAAUUUUAUCUAAAAUAACUUAGAGCUGUAAUUGGAGGCAAAUGAAUUGUUGUAUUCCUCAUCAUUAAAUUUAUAUUCAUAACUACAUCAUUUGGAAUAAGAUUAUGUCAGUCAAGCAGAUCCUUUGCUAUUUGGAUAAAUAGCAUAUUAAUUUUCAGUACAGGAUAGAAUAUAAAUAUAGUGACCUUUCUGACUAGAUUUGUGUGGGAAACAUGUGAAUAUUGUCUUAUAAACCUACAAAGUUUGGAGGAAAUGCACUGUUGCAUUUGUUACUUACCAAUAAAUGGCAUCUGGAAAUUUGACAAUCUGUUAGGCUUAUGUUUCUGAUUAUAUAUUUCAAUAAAAAAUAAGGCAAACUUAAAUUCACAGUAAUUCCAGUCACUGGUUUUAAGGUUGUUAAAUUCCUCAAAGUUUUACAUAAAAUGGUUGUAUUCAACUACAAUGUUUUUUUUCUCCUAAAUAUGCCAAUAUUGAAAAUGUGUUAUAUGAAAAUAUUUGGCUUUGCCAGCUGUAUUGAUUUGACUGCAUUCUUUUGAACUUUUCUGUUUUUCUUCUUGUUUCUGGUCUUCACACUUGACAAAUCCUGAUAAAUGACAACAUCAAUAUGAACAAAAACUUUCCUUAUGAAACAAACAGUACAUUGACCUCCAAACUGAGAACCUCAGUUAGAAAACAUUUUUUGUUUUGUUUUGUUUGUACUUCCUAACUUUUGCUGUGUUACCUUUUGUUUUUGUACAUUUGAUGUUAGGUUGAUUAUUAUAAGAGCAAAGAUCAUCAAUGACUAUAAAACUACUGACAGGUGACUGUAACAUUGAUCAUCCACAAUGUUGAUACUCUUCCUACAUGUCUUACUUAAACACAGCUAUUGUACAUAAAAGAAUUACAGUGCUGCCUGUCAAAGCAAAUCAGUUAAUUUCUAGGAAUCUAAUAAACACAAUACAUUCAGCACAAUGUCCACAUCUUGCACUGGGAUAAACAUUUCAUUUAGACAAUGCUUUGAAAAAUAUUUUAAUGUUUUGGCGUUUAUAACCCCCUUAUGCUGAAUAUAGUUACACUGUUCACAUUUGUAUGCCUUGAAUACUAGUUUGCAGUCUUUUGAUUUUUUGUCAUAGAAUCCUGUUGUCACAGUGCAGUGGAUAUAAUCAAAGCAAAGAAAACAUUAGUAAAAAUAUUAGCCCUCCUUCUCAUUCAAAGGAAGAUCCAAAUGUGUUCUUUUAAUACUUUAUGUGACUAACCAAACAGAUAUUGAGUCAAAGAAGAUACCACAGUAUUUGAAGCCCUCCAUACCAAAGUAAUGUCACUGUCGGUUCUCAAUAAUGUUGUACAAUGGAUACUACUAAAUACUACACCAGGUUCAGGGUUUCCUUUAGAUUUGCAUGAGGCCUUAGUAAAAAUCAUUUAAACUUAUACUUUCUUCUUUUAUAAUUUCAAGAUGUAAACUUUUUAGUUUUUGACUUAGAUGUAGAUACUUUUACAUUUUGAAGUAAUGAACUAGCAGGGAAUGCUCGCCUUGGUGUUCAAGUAUAUUAAGCCUCAUCUGUAAAUACUAAAACAGAAAAGAAGAAUCCAAAAUGUGUGUGUUUCUGGCUGUUGUACCAAACCCAUACAUAGCACUGGCAUCAAAACCAAGGAAUAUACCAGACUCACUGUGUUCUAUUUAGUUGUUAGGAUAUUUGGUUUCCUAUCUGACUUACUCCAUUGUGUCCUGCUGUUGUUCCACCUUAUGACAUUUUCCUAGUUUGCAACUGCUUAGCUGUUUGAGUUAUCCCAGUUGUAUUUUCAUCAACCAGGGUUUGACAAUUUGUACUGCUAUAGUGAUGCUUGAUAUCUGUCUGAUAGUUUUCUAUUAGUCAAAUUAUGCACUGUAUGUUAACCAUAAGAACAAGUACAUUCAUUUUCAAAUGAAGAGUUGGAUAAAUACAAUAGAAAACAUUGUUAGAUGGUGAAAAUGUGGAAGCUGUGAGAUGUUACCAUGUUUUUUUUUUUAUUUAAGCUUUUUUGUUUUCUGAUGAUUUAUGUUAGCACUCAUAAUUCUCAAUGCCUGGAUAGAGCGUGCAAAAUCUCUGCACCUUUUUUGAUCUGAAUCAAUUGAGUAUGAAUGAGUUCAUUUUAUUAUUAAACAUGACAUGAAUAAUUAA